UUUGCGCAUGAGUGGUUUUACCUGGAGGGUUGCGGUGUGCAAAGUUCAAAGUCCGAAGUCCACAAACAGUCUCAAGAUGAAGGACCCAAUCAGCACCUGCAUGUACAACCAGCUGUACCAGGAUGUCAAGCGGUUUUCCAAAUCAGGGGAGUAUUUCUGCAAAGAACUUACAGCAGUUUUUCAUCAGAGGUCUGAACUUGAGCUGACGUACUCUAAAGGUCUCCAAAAGUUAGCUGGAAAACUCAUCAGGGCGUCUAAAGAAAUGACCAAUAAUUCCACCUACAGUGCGUGGUGUCAUGUGUCCGACGAGAUGUACUCAAGAGCGGACGCCCACAGGUCACUGGGCAAUGCCUUUCAGCAGGAGGCCACAGUGGAACUAAAGCAGGUCCUAGAUGAGCACAACAAGAGGAAGAGGCCUCUUGAUAAUGCCAUUGAAAGAAGUGGGAAAGCAGUUACAGCAAACUGGACAGACCAACUCAAGCUCAAAAAGAAACUAAUUGGUCUGACCAGAGAACACGAAGCUUUGUUCAACUUCGUAGAGAACAACAAACACAUGAGCACCGAGAAAGAAAAACAAAAGAUGCUAAACAGGCUAACCAAGUCGGCAGAGCUCCAGGCGAGAGUGGAUGAUGAGUAUUUCAACAUGAACUUGGAGGGAUAUGAGACGAGACUCAAGUGGGAGAACACGCUCAAGGCUUGCUAUCAGAUCAUUCAGGAGAUGGAGAAACAGCGAAUCGAAGUGCUGGGUGAGGCUUUGAACAGAUACAACCUCCACAUGUCCAGUUUUGGCCAAGCUCUCAAACAUGGGCAGAAGCAGAUCGAACAGACCGUACAGAGGGUGGAUGUGGACAGAGACAUAGACACACUACUGGCUGAACACCGCCUCCCUCCAGAGGACAACAAGGCCGAGUUUCUCAUGGUCGACUAUUUUGAAGAGGACAACAAGUCACUGAUGGGCAAAGAGCGGAGGAGAGAGGCGCUGCAAAUCAAAGUGCAGCGGCUACAGGACAAUAUCGCCAAGACUAAGAAAGAUAUUGACGGCAUAAAACGACUGAUAAAAACGUACUCUGAAAAUCCAUCUUUUUCCAAUGAGAGGAACAUCGAGGAGACGGAGCAGCAGUUAGAUGAGACCACUCUAAAACUCGACCUGCUGGAGGCCACUCAUUACAAGCUGUCCCUGGCUCUGUCUGAAGUAGAGGGACGGCCAAAGUCACUGCAUCGAUUCACUGACAGCAUCUCCAAAUGGAAAGAUAAGGACAGUGAACACAGCGUUGUCCACCUGAGGCGCCCGGUGAAACUGAGGAGGUCUUCGUACCGUUCCCGUCGUUCCCUGAGGGCCUCCAUCAUUUACAAGGGGCCCCAUCCCAUUGGCCCCCAGCAGAGCGUGGCGCCGAGCAGGGCCACCUCACCGCCCCCAACCCAGGAAACAGGAGCUGCGGAAGGGGACAAGCCUCACACGGAGAGGGAACACAAACACGCUGAACAAUCCCUUAAGUCCUGCAGUAUUGGACUAUGUAAGGCCAUAUAUGACUUCACCCCAAAGCAGGAGGAUGAACUGUCCUUCAAAGAGGGUGACGUUCUAAACAUUUACACAAAGGAGGAGAAUGGCUGGUGGUUUGGAGAACUUAACGGACACAAGGGACACUUCCCCUGCACUUAUGUGGUUGAAGUGUCUAUGGAAAAAACUGUCAAAAUGUCUGAAGAGGUCUUACAAAAUAACACUCAGAGCUCAUAA